AUGGCGGACCCCAACUACGAGGACUGGUCGAGGGACCAACUCCUCGAGCGAGUCAGGGAAUUGGAGGGACAGAUCAAGAGUCAGACGUCCAAGCCAGAACCACCACCGCCAGCAACAACAUCCACAUCAACUCCAGCUCCAACUCCCACUCCAACAACGACAACAACAUCGACACCACCACCACCACCACCCCCAAAAGCAACCAAACCCAAAUCCUCCAAAAACAAACUCCCCAAAGCCCCCCACAACCUCCCCGCCAACAAAGCCAAAAACGCCAAACCCAGCAAACUCGACCCCUCCAAAUACACCACCCGCCCCAUCGCCCUCAAAAUCGCCUACCUCGGUCGACGCUACGGCGGGUUCGAAUACCAGCCUUCAAGCAGCGUUGCCACUGCCGCCACCAGCAGCACAACAUCCACAACUACGACGACAGCAACCCCGGCGACGAUUGAAGAAGCCCUCUGGCGCGCCCUAGUACGGAGCUGUCUGAUCUGGCCCGAGGACCCGGCCCGCGUGGAUUUCACGCCCUGGGAGUAUUCUAAAUGUGGAAGGACGGAUAAGGGGGUGAGUGCGUUUGGACAGGUGGUGGGGAUUACGGUGAGGAGUAAUCGGCCCUUACCUAGGCAGGAGAAACAACCCGAGAGUACUGAGGGAGGUGAGAAGGUAGAAGGCGACGGGGAUGUGAAGAUGACCGAGCCGGGGGAUCAAAACGACAGCGAGGAGAAACCAACAGCUAAACCCCCCUGGGACCCCAUCGCAGACGAAAUCAACUACCCGCGGGUCCUAAACAAGCUGCUCCCGCCUGAUAUCCGCGUGCUGGCCUGGGCACCGACGCUUCCGGCCAACUUCUCGGCGCGGUUUUCUUGCUGGGAGAGACAGUACCGGUAUUUUUUUACGCAGCCGGCUUUUCCGCCUUUGCCUGCAUUUAUGGAGGGCGACAGUCAUAAUACGGAGAAUAAAUCUGGGUGGUUGGACAUCAACGCAAUGCGCCACGCAGCCAAGAUGUUCGAGGGCGUGCACGAUUUCCGCAAUUUCUGCAAGCUAGACGGCGCGAAGCAGGUCGCGAGCUACAAGCGAAGGGUGUUUGAGGCAGACGUGGUGGAGGUUGAGGAUACCGGGUCGGCGCUGCCGUAUCUUGGCCAGCCAGAGUUCCAACCCCCCGGGACUGAUUCAAAGGGGGUACACCCCAAGGUGUACUACCUACACGUCCGCGGAUCAGCCUUUUUAUGGCACCAAAUCCGGCACAUGGUCGCCAUCCUCUUCCUAAUCGGCCAGGGUCUCGAGCCGCCCUCGCUCGUGGCCGACCUUCUCGACAUCGACAAAACCCCGCGCAAACCCAACUACGCCAUGGCCGACGAAGUGCCCCUGGUGCUGUGGGACUGCAUUUUCCCGCGCGCAGCGCAGACAACAGAAAGCCAGGAGGACGACCAGAAGAAGGCCGUCGACAUGCAAGGCACCGACAUGCACGACCCCAACGCGACAGUCGACACUGAUUUGCAAGACGCGCUGGACUGGGUCUGGCUCGGCGAGGACACACCCGCCUUCCUCCACGGCGGCGGCGGUAGUGGACUAGUCGAUAGCUUAUGGACGACCUGGCGUGAGCACAAGAUGGACGAGGUGCUGGCCAACCGACUGCUGGACACCGUCUCACGGCGGGCUGAUCUGCGACGGCAGCUGGACAAGGCCGGGACGGGGACUGGCGAUGCUAAGGGGGGCCAGAUGGUGUUUGAGGGCGGGGAUGGGGCGCGCGCGGCCGGGGUGUAUGUGCCGGUGAUGAAGAAGCAGCUGUUGGCGACGCCGCAGGAGGUGGAUGAUCGGUGGGCGCAGAGUAAGGGGUUUGAGAGUGCGGAGGCGAUGCGGGGGACGGAGAAUUGGCGGGGGGUGAUUCGGGCGAGUAAGCAGGCUUCUAAAUAA